CGAGGGUUAGCUUGGUAGAUAGCUUGGCGGAGAGCAAACCAUCCAGUCGGACCGAGCACAUACAUACAUACAUAUUAGGCGAUGUUCACCCGUUGGGCCUUGCGAAAAUGCCUGUUGGCUCAAUGGACUGUUUGUCCAGCCAUGCAUCAUCACUUGUGCAUGCCAUAUCUCUACAGCAGAGCCGGAGCCGCAUGCCACAAUCCGUGAUCCGGAAACGGAAAUUUAACCGACACCCGAUCAUCUUAGUAAAUCGUCCAUUAAUGGUCUCAGAACAACGGCAAACAACAGUCGCGCUAUGGGGGUAGUGCCUUCAUUUCUACUUAUUCUAAUCAUAUUUCAGCCCCACUUACUGCUUGCGAGUUACAUGGGAUUCGAGGUUGUAUAUAUUUUAAUGGGAUGCAUCAGAUUGAUCGACUACAAGCGAUCCAAGAGUUCGAAUAUGUUAAAAUUAAUGUUAAGUGGAAAUGAUCAUUUAUUCAAGGACCACCAGAAGCAGAGGUCAUUUGCACAGGGUUCGAG